UGUUAAUAAAACAUUCCUGCAUAUUUCCGCAGCUUUUAAACCAAAUGCAUUCUUCACGUUAUUAAACCAAAGCGGACUGACUGCAUUGUAUUUUUUGUAGUUGACUAUUCGAGCGUGUGUUUACGGGCUAGUAGGAAAAUACAGGUAUUUUACUAUUACACGCUGACAGAAAGUUGACCUUUUCUUAGACAGGCAGUAAUUCACCUGUACGAUGCUUUUUGUGCAUAUUAGUAUUUCUUUUGUGUUCAUUUUCUUAUGCAUGGCGAAUGAGUCUAAAUUAAAAGUACAACCAGCGACGAAACCUGUUAGAUUAUUCACCGAUGAAGAGUUGAGAAGAUACGAUGGAAGUGAGGAUGGACAGCCUAUUUACAUGGCUGUAAAAGGAGUCGUGUUUGACGUUACUUCAGGAAAACAGUUUUAUGGUAAGGGUGCCACUUAUAAUGCCCUUGUGGGCAAGGACUCGACCAGAGCAGUUGCCAAAAUGUCCCUUAACCCUGAAGAUCUGACCCAUGAUACAACGGGCCUUACUGACAAUGAGCUGGAGUCACUAGAACGUGUAUUCACUGGCACAUACAAAUCAAAGUAUCCAAUUGUUGGCUACACUCACAGGCGCAUUCUUAAUGAAGAUGGCAGCCCCAAUGAGAACUUCAAACCAGAAGAUCAACCUCAAUUUAGUAUCAAAAAUGAACUUUGAUACAUAAAUAAACAGGAACAUGUAGGCUGGUAGAUUAGUGAUUGCUGGAGAUUUCACUGAUUAUGUCCAUUCAGAGGGAAUAAGAAUACAGCUGACAGUAUAACAAUAUAUCUCAUGAAUGAGUGAUUUUCCAUUGAUGUUACUCAGAAAUGUUUCCUAUUUUUAAGAAACACUACACACACAAGUUAAUUUUUAAUUUAAUACUGUCGAUGUUUGAACUGUGUGUGAGUUUAAUUUUAAAUAAAAGGUUAUUGUAAUGAUGUACAUUAAAAUUACUUUAAAAUUACUGACACCCCUGUUAAAGAUGAGUUAUAAGGGUUAAGAAAUGUAACCUUUCGUAAAUGUAUUUUUUUUAUUGGCAAAGGGAGGUUGUACAAAUUAUUAAAUGCAAAAGUGCCUGUAACUGUGGCACAAGCAGCUUGGUAAAAAUACUUUUAUCUUGAUAAGGGAUUAUUUAAAAAUAAAUUUACUUUAACUUAGGGUUUUAUUUUUUCAGUUGUUCAAUAUGGACUUGAUAUAAUUCACCAAAUGGUGAAUUACGUAUAACCCUUUAUACUUAUCUUUACCAAGGAUGCCAAUAAAUCUAUAUAAAACUCUAUAAAGAUUGAACUCAUGCUAUUAGAAAUGUAUUUAAUUUUUGGUAGCAGAAAUUGUGGGUGAAGGGCAUUCUUUGUAAGUAAAUGUUUGUCUUUUUAGAAUAUUUAGCAUCCUGUACUGUGUUUAUGGUUAGAGCUUGUUUUGAGUUGAUACAUUCUGUCCAUUGUGAAUAAAUCUAAUAUAACCCA